AUGUCUGCGACUUAUGAAUACCAACGAUGGAUUCAUCAGUGCCGUGAAAUAAUUCGACAGGCGGAAAUUGAUAAAAUAAGACGAAAGAAAAUUUUACUGGCUCUAAUUUCUAAUGAAAUAUAUCCACAGAUUCGAAUCUGGCGCCAAGUUCCGUUCAAGUCCGUUGUCAACAACGAAGGAUUAUUAUGCUUGGUUAGUCCAUUUAUAACCAAAGAGAAUGUUAUUAGAGACGCUAUUUCGGCAACAGCACGGCUUGCAAUGAUUUUAAGAUAUUUAGCAACUGGCGAUUGUUUAAAUUCAAUAUCAUACCAAUAUCUCGUUGGUUUCACAACAGCAUCCAAUAUAAUUAACGAGACAUGUCAAGUUAUUUGGAAUUGUCUCUAUAAAAAAGUUUUACCGUAUCCUUUAGAAACGCCAGACUGGUUAGAAAUUUCUAAAGAGUUUGAUAGACAGUGGCAAUUUCCACAUUGUAUAGGAGCAGCCGAUGGAAAGCAUAUUCAAAUACAGAAUAAUACUUAUAUUCCAUCUAAUAUAGAUAAUGAAUUGGAACUAAAUAAUUUAAUCGAAGAAAUAAAUAAUUCAGCUUUUAAAAAUGGAUCUAUUCCAGGAAACAAUUUUAGCAGUCGAUCCGCGGUGAUGAUUCGUGACGAGUUCUGUGAUUAUUUGAAUGCAGAAGGAGCUGUUUCCUGGCAAUAUAAUCGCGUUUAG